CAACAAAUCUUUCUCGUUCUCGCCCCUAUAUAUAUUCGCCACAUUCGCCAGUCUGAUUUUCGUUACCUCGCUUGGCGGCUCGCGAGCGCGAGGGAGAGUAUACUUGGCGAGGAACGAAAUAACGGGCACUUUGCGCCGUCCUGCAUUGCAGGUACACCAGUGUUUUUCUUUCCUCUUACACAUCGAAGUUUUGGGAGAGCUCUCGUAUCAUCUACACCCAACAUUCUGAGGAGUACCUGCUUUUGUGUGUUUCAGUGGCUCAGUCGAUUUUUGACAUUCCGUAUAGCUGAGCACAGCUGUCACGAAAACUCGUGAAUCAUGCGGAUGAGGGCGGACAGGUGUCCUACGGACGAGCUCAGCCUUACCAACUGUGCGAUUGUCCACCCCAGUGAUUUCACCGACGACGUCAGGCACAUUGAGGUGUCAACUCAGCCCAACCAGCGUUUUAUUUUCUCGAUCAGAACAUGUCCCCAAAUACACAAAGGUUGCAUAGGCUUCAGCAUGCCUCAAAGGAAAUGGGCUACACUGUCUGUUGGCCAAGAACUGGAGGUGAACCCCUAUUAUUUCGACUCUUCAUCGACAUCAGUGUUCCUUUCCAGCAUCUCUGUAGAAGCCGAUUUCUUACAAAAAAAGACAACAAGUUUAGAUCCAUAUGACACCGAAGAAAUGGCUAAGGAUUUUCUUAUGCAGUUUGCUGGUCAAGCUUUUACAGUUGGCCAGCAACUGGCAUUUCAAUUUAAGGACAAAAGAAUGCUUGGCUUGGUGGUAAAGAAUUUGGAAGCUGCUGAUAUUGCUGCUAUAAAAUCUGGACAAGAAUCCAAGCCCAAUAAAACCAGGAUGGGCUGCUGCCUUGGCGAUACUGCAAUCCAGUUUGAAAAAGCGCCCAACUCGAGCUUAAACUUGACAGGAACAAAACAGGGAAAAGUCACGCGCCAAUCAAUCAUUAAUCCUGACUUUGACUUCAACAAAAUGGGCAUUGGUGGCUUGGACAAAGAAUUCAAUGCUAUUUUCAGAAGAGCAUUUGCGUCACGUGUCUUUCCACCUGAAGUUGUUACACAACUAGGUCUAAAGCACGUAAAAGGUAUCUUACUGUAUGGUCCACCGGGUACUGGUAAAACUCUCAUGGCCAGACAAAUUGGAAAAAUGCUGAACGCAAGGGAACCAAAGAUUGUAAAUGGUCCUCAGAUAUUAGAUAAAUAUGUUGGUGAGAGUGAAGCAAAUAUCAGACGAUUGUUUGCCGAAGCUGAAGAGGAAGAGAAACGAUGUGGGCCCAACAGUGGACUUCAUAUUAUUAUAUUUGAUGAGAUUGACGCUAUCUGUAAGCAAAGAGGAAGUGUAGCUGGUGCUACAGGUGUUCAUGAUACUGUAGUCAAUCAGCUACUCGCUAAAAUUGAUGGUGUUGAACAAUUAAAUAAUAUUUUGGUAAUUGGUAUGACAAAUAGACGGGACAUGAUCGAUGAUGCUCUUUUGCGACCUGGUAGAUUAGAGGUCCAAAUAGAAAUCAGUCUGCCAGAUGAGCAUGGCAGAUUCCAAAUUUUGAAUAUUCACACAUCAAGAAUGAGGGACUACAAAAAGAUCGAUCAUGAUGUGGAUUUGAAAGAACUUGCCGUGUUAACAAAAAAUUUCAGUGGUGCUGAGUUGGAAGGUUUAGUCAGAGCUGCCCAAAGUACAGCUAUGAACAGGUUAAUUAAGGCCUCUAGUAAAGUCGAAGUAGAUCCUGCAGCCAUGGAAAAACUGAUGGUUGGAAGAAGUGAUUUUCUCCAUGCCUUGGAAAAUGACAUUAAACCAGCUUUUGGAGCAAGUGCCGAGGUUCUCGAGCAUCUGUUGGCCCGAGGCAUCAUCAAUUGGGGAAAGCCAGUUACCGAGAUUCUUGCCGAUGGAAAUCUUUGCAUUCAGGAAGCUCGAGCUGCCGAAGGCUCAGGACGGGUAUGCAUUCUGCUCGAAGGCCCACCUAAUGCUGGCAAAACUGCUCUUGCUGCCCAAAUUGCAAAGAAUUCUGACUUUCCAUUUGUCAAAAUCUGUGCCCCAGAAGAUAUGGUUGGCUUUACGGAGUCCGCAAAGUGUUUGUCAAUUCGCAAAAUAUUCGACGACGCAUAUCGCUCUCAGCUUAGUUGUAUUGUAGUUGAUAAUAUCGAACGCUUGAUAGAUUAUGGAGCGAUUGGGCCUAGGUAUUCGAAUUUGACCUUGCAAGCACUGUUAGUUCUUUUGAAAAACGUGCCACCCCGUGGAAGAAAGUUGUUAAUCAUUUGCACUACUAGCCGCAGGCAAGUAUUAGAAGAUUUGGAGCUCAUUUCGUCUUUCAAGCCCAUUCUACAUGUUCCCAAACUAUCUACUCCAGAGCAGCUCCUAACAGUAUUGGAAGAAGUUGAACUCUUUACCAAACAAGAGUUGUCAACACUUCAAGGGAAACUUCAUGGGAGACGCAUCUUCAUUGCGAUCAAGGAUCUGCUGGGCUUGAUAGAUAUGACACGACAAGUCGAACCGAAUUAUCGGGUUGUUAAAUUCUUGACAAAACUCGAGGAAGAAGGUGGCAUGGAGUAAACUGUAUUUACUAUUUAUAGAAUUUCAUUUAAUAUUCGUUUAGCAAAACUCAAUUUUGUCUAGUUGUAUUAGUGAGCCUAUACUGCAUAGCAUAAAUUAGGCAAUAACCUGGCUUGAUGAUGAGGAAGAAAAAUAAUUAUAAUCGGCAACCUUAACACAAUCUUUUCAAGUGCAUUCUAUGGCCGUAUAGUUUUGAAUAAAAAAAAGUAUAUUACUAGAUUAGCAUUAUAUUAUAUUGUAUUGUUACUAAGUCUGACUUGGUCAAUCUGGCUAAGAACAAUUAAAGCGAAUUUAUUCGACUUCCAAGAGUUAACCUUUAUGCUCUUGACUUGUUUUAUCUGAGAAUAAUUAAACUUUUCUCUUCUUUGUGAAUAAUGUUACUUGUUGAUCAAGUCCUAAAAAUAGAUCUCCUGUAUAAAAAAAUAAAAUGUGAAUGUACAGAGUUGAUUAAUAUAAGCACGAUUGAAUACUAAAUGCACAUAUAGAUUGUUAGAUGCUAUGUUUUGAGCCACUUAUUUAUUUUAUUUUUUAAUAGAUAUAGUAUAUCUUGUACUUAUUAUUUUAUUUAUUAAAGUAUUUUAAAUUUGUUGAGUUACUAUGUUAACGGCUCAUUUCUUGGCAAUAAACCAUAAGCUGUGAAAAAGUGAAACAUGAGAAUGACAAAAGUAUACAUAUUUUAAAGUAUAUUUGAAAGCUAGCUAUGUUGUGGUAAUGCAGGGGUCACAAAUUAAUUUAUGUUUAUUUGAAUAAUUACAUUAAUAGAAAUGAAACAUUGUAAAUGUUUAUUAUAAUCUUCAUCAAAUAAUGAACUAGAUAAAAUCAGACUUAAGCAUUUUGCCACCCAAAGAAUUAUUUUUUUAAGCAUUAUAUACCGAGUCAAUUCUUAAAAUAUGAAAAUUUUGUAGACUAUCUCUGUUAGCUAAAAAAAUGUAAAUGAUAUUCCAUAUUAGACACUGUUUUUACAGUCAUUCCAUUAAUUUCAUAUGGAUUAUUUUUAUUUUUUUAAUAUACUUGUGUUUAUAUUUUGAAUGUGUUAACAUUUGAUGCAUCAAAAAAAGAAAACGAUUGUAAGUUAAUUGCAUUCGUUUCUUCAUAUUUUAAUUACUUAAUUUUCACGUGAAAAAUAAUUGCUUCCUUGUUAAACUGAUUGUAAAAAGAACAUUGAUGAGAAACAGCUCGUGCUUCUAAAGUUGUUUCAAUUUGUUGUAUAAUUCACCCAAUACGAAAAAACCCUCCGUUGAUUGUACAAAAGAAAAUAUUAUUUGCGUAAAAUUUUAUUCUUAUAAAUUAUGUAUGUAUGUACAUGUUUUGAAUUAUAU